AAUCUUCUUCCUAUUUUAUAGAUUGAUAGAAAUAUGCUUUGCUAUAAUAUCAUCUUGGAAUUAAUGAAGUGGAAAUACAGAUGAGAAGAGUCUGGAGAAAACUUGAAGUACAGUUUCAUCUAGCUGAGGAGGCAAGUUGGAAUAAUUAUUAAAUCAUCAUUAGCUACUAAAUCAUUUAGCUACUAAAGCUUAUAUGAGGCUUCUCUGAACCAAUCAACCUUAAAAUUUGUCAAGCAGCAGGGCCAGUUGCUACAGGUGACAGUACACAGGAAAGUUUCAAACUGAACAAUGACUCGCCUGAAGGCUUAUGUCAGAUUACUAGGAGCCUAUCUGUUCAUUGUUCUUCAGGUUCAAGGGCAAAAUCUAGAUAGUAUGCUUCAUGGCACAGGAAUGAAGACAAAUCCUGACCAGAAGAAACAGGCAAAUGGAGUAACGCUGGCUCCAGAAGACACCUUACCUUUUCUGAAGUGCUACUGCUCAGGACAUUGCCCAGAUGAUGCCGUUAAUAAUACAUGCAUAACUAAUGGGCAUUGCUUUGCAAUUGUUGAAGAAGAUGAACAUGGAGAACCUACACUUGCUUCAGGAUGUAUGAAGUAUGAAGGUUCAGACUUCCAGUGCAAGGAUUCACCAAAAGCUCAGCUACGUCGAACAAUUGAGUGCUGUCGGACUGACUUCUGCAAUCAAGAUUUACAGCCCACCCUACCACCUUAUAAGCCAGGUGGAAUUUUUGAUGGCAGCAUUCGUUGGAUGGCGGUGUUGAUUUCUAUGGCAGUCUGCAUAAUUGUUAUGAUCAUCUUAUUUAGCUGCUUUUGUUACAAGCAUUACUGUAAAUGGGUAGCAAAGAGACGUUGUUAUAAUCGUGAUUUGGAGCAAGAUGAAGCAUUUAUACCAGCUGGAGAAUCUUUAAAGGAUCUUAUUGACCAGUCACAGAGUUCUGGCAGUGGAUCAGGGUUACCUCUUUUGGUUCAGCGCACCAUUGCCAAACAAAUUCAGAUGGUGCGGCAGGUUGGGAAAGGUCGGUAUGGUGAGGUCUGGAUGGGUAAAUGGCGAGGUGAAAAAGUGGCAGUCAAAGUAUUUUUUACCACAGAAGAAGCCAGUUGGUUCAGAGAAACUGAGAUUUACCAAACUGUUUUAAUGCGUCAUGAAAACAUACUUGGUUUUAUAGCAGCAGACAUCAAAGGCACAGGCUCCUGGACCCAGCUUUACUUGAUUACAGAUUACCAUGAAAAUGGAUCCUUGUAUGACUUUCUAAAGUGCACAACACUUGACAACAGGGCUUUGCUCAAACUGGCUUAUUCUGCUGCAUGUGGUCUCUGCCACUUGCAUACAGAAAUUUUUGGAACACAAGGCAAACCAGCUAUUGCACACAGGGACCUGAAAAGUAAAAAUAUCUUGAUAAAGAAAAAUGGGACCUGCUGCAUUGCUGACCUAGGCCUUGCGGUCAAGUUUAACAGUGAUACAAAUGAAGUUGAUGUCCCUUUGAAUACUAGAGUGGGAACAAAACGUUACAUGGCCCCAGAAGUCCUAGAUGAAAGCCUGAAUAAAAAUCACUUCCAGCCGUACAUCAUGGCUGACAUCUAUAGUUUUGGCUUAAUCAUUUGGGAAAUGGCUCGGCGUUGUGUCACAGGAGGUAUUGUUGAAGAGUACCAGCUGCCAUAUUAUGACAUGGUGCCGAAUGAUCCAUCCUAUGAGGAUAUGAGAGAGGUGGUGUGUGUCAAGCGACUACGCCCAAUAGUAUCUAAUAGGUGGAAUAGUGAUGAAUGUUUAAGAGCGAUACUGAAGUUAAUGUCUGAAUGCUGGGCCCACAAUCCUGCUUCUAGACUUACAGCCCUGAGGAUCAAGAAGACGCUUGCAAAGAUGGUGGAAUCACAAGAUGUAAAGAUUUGACAGAGUAACACAGUUACUCAGGAGCAGAGUUGGACUCCUAGAACUCUUCACCCAAACAAGGGUGGGAUCGAAGUGGGAAGAGGAGUCAGCUGAGAUUCAGUCCAUUUCCUCACCGCACUUUUACAGGCUGCUAAUUACAUCUUUCAGAACUUUGAAGAUGAUGAUGUUGAGAGCCUCUGUAUGCCACGUGCUAUGUAUUUGGACAGCCCUGUUUUAAGUAUGCAUUUUGUUCUUGUUUUGAGCUGCAUUGAGACUUCAGUCACAGUGAAUUUCCAGUAAAACUCUGGGUACUGAAUUGCAUGUUCAGAUUUCAGUGCUUUCUGUGAAAGCCUUAAGAAGCUAAAUGGAUUCAACAGAGAUGGAGAAAUAUAAGCUUUUUGCCUUCUACCUGAUGGAAUCUAGUCAAUUCAUAUGAAGUUUUAAUUCAAUAGCAUGUAGGUUAUGAAUCUAUUUGGGAUACUAUUCAAUUUAACAGUUCCUUAUGCCUUUUCUUGUUUGUGUGUGCCAGGAUUCUUCUGCUGCCAUUUGGAAUACAUAGGAAACCAUUUAAAUUUACAGGAAGGGCUGUAUAAUAUUCCAUGAUUCCACAAUUGCAGAAUUUGCCACUUAGUUCAUCCCUUGCCAUUGAAAUGUACUCAAGUGCUUCAGUUUUCAGUUUAAUAUAACUAAAAUGUAUUUCUUUUUUUGGUUGCAAAGGGAACCUGAAAAAUGUGAAUUGAAUAUAAAGCAGUGCCCACCUGAAUAUGCAAAUAGUCUGAAACAACACCAGUUACAGCACAGGUAACUUUGCUUUAGUCAUCUCACUUGAGGCUCAGUAGGCUCCAUGACUAAAUGACUGUGGAAUUUGGCAUUUUUUCACAAUACUACAUAUGUCAGCAUUUUAGUGUGGCAGUCUCCACAGCCAGCCCACUGACAAUUCUGUUUUGCCUCCCUAACCUGCUGGGACGUGUCCAUAGCUGCUGCAUACUCUGUACUUUUCCCCAUAAAGGGCAAGUGAAUUGUAUUUCAAUUCAUACUCCCUAACUGUUAUAAAGAACCAGGCAGAAGGGAAGUUCUGAGGGUUAGAACCAAAUCAGAUGAGCAGCAAGGAGAGAAAGGUAGCCAGACAUACAAGUUGGGCAGCCAGGGCAUCUGGAGGCUAGAGUGGCACUCAAGCAUGGAGAGCAAGAUGAUGAACUGCUGAAACUGAUCAGUGUGGGUAGGUCAAAGAAAGGCAAUCCUGAGCUGGAUUGUCCGGCUGUAACUACUAGCAAGAUGAUGAACUGCUGUUCAUACAGCUGGGUUGCCUAGAGAACACACAGGGAAAAAACAAUAGACAUGAAGCAGUUGUAAAAUAAUGAGUAUUUUAAAUAUGAGUUCUCAUUAUGUGUGGGAGGUGCAGCUGGGAAAGACUCAGUGGAGACAGGUUAAAUUAAUAAUGCUGCAGAAUUUGGCCUCACUUUGCUAUGGAAUGCACGUGGCUCUGCUUAUGAUUCUCCAAUAAAGUGAUAGCUGAUCACACCUGGUCAGACGAAAGCUGCUUCGUUCAUACAAAAUCAGUCGUGUUUCCCUCUUUUCACUAUUGUUCAGACAAGCUGGAGCACGAGGCCAAAAAAGAAAAAAGCGGCUGUAAAACUAGGUCACUGGUUAUAUACCAUUAAAUUCAUUACUGCUAGUUUGCAGUCAGAAAGUACCACCACAGGUUGACAGCUCCCAUACCGUGAAUCUUCUGAAGAAUGAGCACACAGUAUUGAAACAGACCUAUUUGAUGAUAACUUAAGUGCCUGUAAGAUGUACUGUAAGCCUUGUACUAGAUAACUUUAAAAAGGGAAGUUAUUUAUAUAGUGUGAAUUGUGCUUUAUUUAAAACAAAGUUUUAGGUACACGUAAACAAGCAUGCACAUACAUACACAUACACACACACACACACAGAUUUGAAGGAAAAGUUGAGAAUAAAGUUUAAAUUGAUCAAAAGAAAUUUCAGAUUAAGAUUUUUUACUUUGGUAAAAUACAUAUAUGGAGGUCGUUUUAAAGAUCUGUUUAAAUUUCCCUUGGAAAUACAGCUAAUAGAAAACUUAGCUUAAUGCAGAACCAAUGUGAUUUGUUAACAAUUGCAAAUAAACUUCUAACAUGGUUUCUUUUUCACUUUGUUCCAUAGUUUGCAAAAAGUAAAUUGUCAGGCAAAAGAUUGCAGUAUUUUUUAUUUUCUAUUGUGAUGUACAGACUUUAUUUAACAGUGCUACAUAUUUUAUAGAAAGCUAGUUAGUUAUCUCAAGGGACAUUUAUUUUUUAAAAUAAAGUCAUUACUUUUCUUCAGUAAUGCCUUUAAGUAUUAAUAUGUAUUCUGGCUGAACAAUUCAUGGGUGCAUCAAGUAUGAUUUAACUUAUUUAGACACAGCAAGUGAGACAACAUCGUGCCACAAUUCUCAUGACAAAGGGCUUUUUAAAUAAGGUUUUUUCCGUCCGCUGCCAAAGCAUAUAUCAUGAGACUAAUUAUUAAGCAUGUCUUUGCGCAUAAAUUUUGCACAGGUAGUUGGAAAAUACUUGGCAUGAGCCAAGAUGUCAUUAGUAAGGAAUAAGCUUGUUUUGAUUUGUUUUUUUAUUAGUAGUAUCAUUCUAGGGUUUUUAACAGUAAAAAGGAAAAUCUUUAUACACAUCCCACUAGCUUAUUUUCUCACAAUAAUGGAGGUGUUUUCUUAAUUUAAUCUAUUUCUCAGAACGUUUGUAUUUUUUCUCAUAAAGUGCCAUGUGAAUUGGACAGCUGUAUUAGCUGUGACUUGUGCUAAAAUUUUAAUCUUGAUUUUGUUUUCUUUCUCAAAUCUUCAAGACUGUUGGCAGUAGGCUGAAUAAAACAAAGGGCAUGUAAAAAUGUGACACCAUUUUCAGUUAUUCCAUGGUUUUCCCUUCUAUUUAGCGCUUACUAGUUUGUAAGACAAAAAGUUGGUGUUACUGGAUAAAUAAACCUUAAAACUUAAGAAUUUACAAAUUCACUUUUAAAUAAAGGAAAUGGGCUGAGCUGGGUUGUGGAGAGAGAGGACCCUUAGCCAAGAUUACCUUAAAAUAUAUAUGUAUAUAUGUAUGCCUAAGGUUAGGUUCCAAAGUCUGUGUUUACACCCCCAAUAACCAACCAGCCUGAUGCUGAACAUUGCUGAGCAUGCAGCAACUUCUAUUGGCUUACAUGGGAGCUGCUAGUUGUAUACUACAUCUGAAUAUCUGUUGGCUCCGGUUCUGUUUGAGCCCUGAAGCCCACAAGUAGGUUCCAUGCAAAGAACUUAAUAAUUUUAGGCACCUGGGUUUUUGGGGGUUUUUUAAUUUAAUCUUCAUGAACUUAUAAAUAAUAAAUAUUGCUAAGUAUACUCAGUGCAGACUUUUAAACCAAGUUGUUGCCUUAUUCAAUGUUGUAAGAAUUCCAAAGACUUAAAUCCAUAAACACACUGUUAUUUUAGUGUGUGAUCAUAAUAUUUUGUUGGUGAGGCUUACAUUUGUGAGCAUUUGUUAUCUAAUAAAAAAUCUUUGCAAA